GUUGACGGGUGGCAGUGACAAAGAUUGAACGUGAUGACUCCCGUGUCAAUGAGGCUUUAAUAAAGUGCAGGGCCAUGAUCUAGAGUAUGAUGAAGCUCUCACUCGGCUCUCACCAAUGUGUUGGCUGUUGGAGGUUUGAUUUCCAACCCAGCAUGCCUAGGUGAUAUAGACGUUAGGCCCAAUCCCCAUUUUAGAAUCAAGAUUGGAAACAAAUGACUAGGCAUGAAAAUGAAGAAGCAAACUUGUGCAGAAUACGGAAAGAGUUCUAUAUAUGUGUAUGGGGACAUCACUUGACACCCUGUGCAAAAACCCGAUGAUACUGGUCUGGAAAAUUGAUUUUCGGUGCUUUUGGGAAGAGUCAUGUCUUCGAUUUCCGGGUCAAGGCGUGGCAGUACUGUGAGUGAACAUUCGCGGGCUCGAUCAGUUCACAUAGGGAGGACAUCCAACUCAAAGUGGCUGAUUCGCACAGUUGCCGAGUUUUGCCAGCAGAUUGCCGUCAUCUAUGAGCACUUUGCCAUCAACCUGCAGUCACUGGUGGAAUCCUUCAAGGAGCAGACGCUCAGCAAAGAUGGGAUGUGUGGCUAUCGUUGGUUUGAAUCCGCUUGGGAGGACCUUCUAGAACAGUAUGCUGUCGUCUCGUCGGAUUACUUUGAUCUGGCCCACAACCUUGAGUGCGGCGUCACCAACUCACUACAGGAGGCCGCUGUUCACAAGCACGCCUUCCUGGACGACGUCGUCCAUCACCGCGACAGCCUACGGCAAGAGAUGAAAUCCAAGGACUCCAAUCUGCUGAAGACAGAGAAGGAGUACGCUGAAGCUUGGAAGAAGAUGGCUCAGGAUGGCAACGGAAACAUUAAGAGUCCCAACACAGCGUUAUGUUACAACAAGCACAAUGGUUAUGUGCUAGAAUUGGCCGGUCUCAACAAGUUCAACGAGAGCGUACAUGCCACAGUCUUGCCAUCAUUAAGCAGGGAAAUUGAGCGAGUCCACAGCGAGAUUGCCGAUCUUGUCAUCCAGGGGCUCAUCAAACAUGCGCAGCUGACGAAGUCAAAGCUUAGUGUGCACGGUAAUCACAUGGAUGCAGUGGUCCGUGCACUGCAAGACAUUGAGGUGUCAGGCGAAUCCGUGCAUUCACCAUCCGAGAAGGAACCGAGGCGUUACAGUUUUGUCAAACCGGAUCACAGUGCAUCUAGGGACUUUGUUGAGACCAAGCUAGUGAUGAAUUUAGCCACAGGGAGGGUGCUGCGUGACAAACAUGAGACUCUGGUCAGGGAGGUGAAUGAUUUGGAGAGAAGAAUAAACACGGAAAAGGAAAUCUUGAUGAAACUGACUAAGCAGCAUGACAAUAUCAGAGCUAACCAGCAGCAUGCCAAGGCAGCCGAGUUUCUGAAAAAGAUUGCCAACCACAAGUACGACUUGCAACGAAGUGAAGUGUUUCUGGAAAGCAAACGAGCACAGCUACAACUAUUUACUCGGGACAUUUUGAGCUGGAAGCUCAGCAACGGCCAUGCUGUGAUGCCUGGCAACGGCGAACACUCUGGACAAUCGUCGGUGUCCUCGGAAGCCAAGGAUUCAUUCUCAGACUUGCUGGACAACGGCAGGAGAGUGCAUUGUUUCCAGGAGUACAACUUUAAGAAGCCGACAUUUUGUGAUAAUUGCAGAGGACUCCUGAAAGGAAUACUGAAGCAAGGUCUCCGAUGCAAGUUGUGCAAAGCCAACGUGCACCACAGGUGCCAAGACGGCAUACCUGCAUGCAAAGGAGGCAUGGAGAAACCCAACAGAGUGUUUCGCCGGCAAGCAAGCGUUCGUGACAUCAAACCACUAGUUGACAAGAAAAAGCUCUUACGUCGCCAGAAAAGUUCUUCCGAGCUGGAGAUUCCCAGACAGUAUGACUCCAAUGUGGAUCCAGUCUAUGAAGCUAUCAAGUGCGCUGCUAGUCUCUCCAAUGCCAGUAGUAGCUCCUACAUCGAUACGUCUCCCCGUCCCAGCCUGGUAUCCAACACCUCGGCGACCACAGCUCACCAGUCGGGUUCCUCUCUCAGCGGCUCUCAUUCCAGUGGAAGCACCAACUCCCUGUUUCCAGAAAGUCGGGAUCUAGACAAGUCUAAAUCGGCUCCACACAGUCCGAGUUCAACAUCCACUAGACGUAAGAUACUGGAGACGUACGGCAAGAGCAUGUCCUUGGACACAGAACCUUCCCUUCGGCAGCAGCAUACACACGGGAGGAACAGUGAGCCUUCUGUCAGGUCAUCAAGUCCAAGCUCCAAUGAUCAAGACUUUGUGGCUUUGUAUAACUUUGAAGGCAUGAUGAGAGACGACUUGUCUCUGAGAGCCGGCGAUCGUGUCCAUGUGAUUGAUAAAAGAAGUACAGAGUGGUGGAAGGGAGAGUUGAACGGCGAGUGUGGUUUCUUUCCUUCCUUUUGCGUGACAUCACUGAAGCCCUGGGAACAUGUGGUGAGAGUAACGCGAACCUACAAAGCAUCGCAAGACGUCAAGGAUGGGAUUGCUCUCAAGAAAGAUCAAGUGGUGAUUCAGACCUCCAAUGAAGAUGGCGGUUGGGUGCAUGUAUGUAGCAGGAAACAAACGGGAUUGUUUCCAUACAAAUACCUGCAGCCCAUCUAACAGCUUGAGGUUUGGCAAACUUUGUCAUCUCACAAUUCAACUUGAGAUUGAUUCAUUCGUGUCUUGCACUCGCUGUCGGACAUCGACAUCCAGACAUGUCAGAAAGGCAGGGAGCCAGCAAGCAAGAAAUGAAGGUGAUAUGUACGUCAGACUGGAUAGGAAUGUAAACAUGUACAAAUCAACGUUGUGGGGGAAUAGAUUCAGUGAUGGUUGAAACGUUGAGACUAGGAAAUGUCAUGAUGAGAAAACGACAACCCCGUGAUUGGGUCUGAUGAUGUGAUGUUGAAUUGGACGACUACGUUCAUUUUUACCUCAAGAUACUCAACGCCAUUGUUGCAAUAAAGCUAUCAAUUUUGAUUUACUUCUUACACCGUUUUAUGAUGUGAAACAGGUGUGAAAUUUUACUUGUCAAACUGUACUUCUUUCUAUGAUACUAUUUCAUAAAUUUUAUUUAUUGUAAUGUAAAUAAGGAAGUGUUGUCAUUGGUCGUGCAAUUUACAUUUGAAAUAUUAAGUAUACUGAUUUGUGAUUUCGUCUUUGAGAAACUGUUUAUUUUUGACAGGGUAAGGCAUGCCGUAAAGUUGGACGCUUUGAAAAUGUGAUUGUCAGAAUUCAGCUGCACGUGGCGGUUACUGGAAAGAUGCGCUGCAUUAAAGCACAGCGUCAUUUUUAGCCAGAAACAAAAGUUGUAACCUGAAGUGCAUGCAUCACUGGUAAAAUGGGCUACAUUUCAAUGCCUGCGUCAUGACUUCAUGAGUCGAGAAUUUUUGAUUAAUUCAUCAAGUGGAAAUUUUGGAGGAGAAAUUUCCACGGAGAUUGCUAUAGUUACGUUGUUGUUUUAAGCAUGAGUUGCUCCUGAAAGUGGCACUUUUUCUUGGUGUUUGAGUUUUAUUCACCGAACAGUAUGGUCUAUAUGAGAUAGACGACGGCCGAGUUUACUGAGAACCAGGUACUCAGCCAGGGCUGAGAAAUUAGUUGCUCAGACUAACUUGGAGGUGAACUGAAUUUUAAAGAAGAAUACAGGUCAAGUUCUUGAUUUACCUGGUCUGAUUUAAAUAUUGAACUGUGUUUUAAUUUCACGUUUGGUACUGUUAAUAUUAUGCGAAGUCAAACGUGAUUGUGUCAUCUUCAGACACGCCAUCAUGAAUGGUGAGAUGAGGCAUCCGUCAUGUUGUUCACACAAUCUGAUACACUGCUGGGCCAUGCGCAGUACAGAUUGCACCCAGAGCAGAGAGAAAACCAAGAUUGAUGAACAUGUUUUGAUUUUAUUGAUUGAGUCUUGGUAACUCAAAGCCAAUGCCAAAUAAAAUUGUGUUCAUUUGCAACUCAAAUUAAGAGAAGUAAUACCUCGCCUGUUGAGUCUCCAAAUAUCAUGCUGUCAAAUUUGAACUGUCGACCGUCCAGUAUUUGAACUAUUUUAGCCCCAAAAGUACUGUACUUUUGCAUGUACCUGUUGCAAUUAAAGUACUGUGUCCUUAGCAACCAGAGUACUGUGCCCAUAGUAACCAGAGCACUGUAUCCGUGGCAACCAAGUGCUGUGUUAAUUCAUAUUUAUGCGUGUUCGUACUUGCUGUAUAUUUUGCUGAGUGACGUGACAGUUGGAGAGUUUGACACAAACAUUUCCUCGGCCUGCAUUUUCAAUUACUAUGAAAUUCAGACAGUCACCUAUGGAUUGGUUUGGAGAUUUGAUUUGUAAGAUACAAGAAUCCUUAAAGCUUCACAGAAUAGACAACAUUGAAACAUCGUUAGUAAAAUUUGUUUCUUUUUUUUGACCCAUGGAGAACUGUUUUUACCUUUGUCCAACAGAAGGCUCUUCCAGUACCUCAGAGCAGUUCACAAUGGUACAGGCGAAGUAUUUCAUAUGCAUUGAUCGUUCCUUUGGAUAUCCUUUUUUGCAUCGGAAAGAAUAAUUGUAUCCACCUUGUUACUUGUAACCAUGUUGAUAAACAUAAGGGUACCAGACACGGGAGAUGUGAAGAAGCUGUUGUAGGUGGUCAUUAUUUGAUAUUUUGUAAAACUUGAUAAGCCUGACAAAAUCAGAGGAGGUGCAUUUAUUGUGAUAGCACCACAUUCAUGUGCAUGUCCCACCAGUGGUGGCAGCUGGGUGGGGACAACUCUUAUCCCACCCCCCUCCCCGGAAAAAUUGGGAUGGGGGAGCUGUGACCAGGUCAUCUGUAUUGCGUUGCUUUAGUCUGGACAUACAAUGUAGACCUAUUUAACAACGUCCUUGAAAGGGCUGUCUUUUUAUAAACUCGAUGGUAUAGCCGGGAGGCAGGAAAGGGGACUUAACUGACCCCCUGUGUGGGAAUUCUUGCCCCCCUGAGAAGAGCCUGACUAUGCAACUGUGUCCCACGUGCUCUUAAACUUGACGCCUGUGAUUUUUUGGGGGGCAAGUCCAAAGACCUGCUUGGUCCAAUAGGCAUUCAUCGUGACCUGCACGUAAGACUAGUAUCACCCUGGUAAUGGCAUCUAAGUCUGGUUGCUAAGUUACGCUCUUCUUCUGGUCCCAGAAAAAUCCAGAAGAGUUGAGAUUGUUUCAAACCACACUUCCCCAGAGAUUGGACAAUCCGCUUCCUACAAUCCUCUUCCAAGGGCAGAGUCCGUGUUUCACCAGGUCAAGGGAUAUUGUGGAGUGACUGAGCCUGGAAUUUUUUGAGACCAAUAACAGUGUAUGUGAAUAAGCCCAUCUAACCAGUAGCUUAGACAAAUAUGGAAGGGCUGCUUAGCACCGUGAUCAGAAUAUCGACAAGAAUAUAAUAUCAAAUCAGUGCUCUGAAAU